CCGCAGUGAGGAACACACGUGUUUGGAGUGUAUCGAAGCAGCAUCACGUUCGUAGUGUCUGAUGAACUUUGAGUUUGAAUCUUGUAAGAAAUAGUUACAAAGUGCAACAACUUUCUUUGUAUACUCCGCCAGAAGUCCUCCGUGAAGCAUUCGCCGAGAGGACCACACAUAUUCGAGGAUACCAGCAUUUAACUAUCUAACAAAACAUCUGCAAUCAUGACUGAGCCAGAAGUGAAUCCUAAGGCCUACCCGCUAGCAGAUGCCACCAUGUCCAAAACCAUUUUGGACCUUAUACAACAAGCAUCCAACUACAAACAACUGCGAAAAGGAGCUAACGAAGCUACUAAAACGUUGAACCGUGGAAUCUCCGAGUUCAUUGUGAUGGCAGCUGAUGCAGAGCCCCUGGAGAUCAUCCUUCACUUGCCACUGCUGUGUGAGGACAAGAAUGUCCCCUACGUUUUUGUGAGGUCCAAGCAAGCUCUAGGACGAGCAUGUGGAGUCUCCAGACCAGUGAUAGCCACAUCGGUGACCAUCAAGGAGGGCUCUCAACUGAAGCCUCAGAUCCAGUCUGUCCAAAUGGCUAUUGAAAGACUUCUGGUGUGAUCCUUACACACACACACACACACUCUGACACACACUCACACUUUUUGUUGUUUUAAAAAGCUUGGCAAAUGUUGCCAUUGUGGAGAUAUGUCAAUCAAAUUUUUUACAUUACUUCCAUUGAAUUAUGUCUUUGUACAUAGUUUUUUUUUGUAAUUGCAUAUUCAGUACAUUCUGUGUAAUGUGCAGACAUUAAGCCAAAAUAAAGUUUGGUGUAUGA